AUGUUUGGCAGCUCAAGCAGCCCGACCAAAGAGCACCAUGAGAGCCCGAUCGCGUCACAUCCUGCCGCGAAGCCUACUUCUGGUCCUGGGAGUAUACCUGGCGGUCUCAACUUGAACGCGGUCAAUGAAGAUGAUGUCGAUGAUGACAGCCGAAAUAGCUUGAGCUCGCCAACGGGGAGGAAGUCGCAGGAUGAAACUGGUCACAACGGCGAGAAGAAGCGAAGGAGUAGCGGGAUGGCGAAGGCUGGUGCGUUGUUUUCGAGUGCCAAAAAUUCAUUCCACAUACACAAUUCGCCAAAUUCGACCCCUGAAGAUAGUCAAUUGGUGCCUCAACCGACGGCCAUGCAAAAGCUUGGGAAGACAGAUCCGGCGUUGAGUGUACCUCAAGGUUCACUCAACAACUCCGCUGGAGAGUCACGCCCCGGACCUAGGUCUACAUUCCGCGUUGGAGUUACAGAAGACAAGAACAAGAAAUGCAGACGAACUAUGGAGGACACCCAUGCCUAUCUCUACAAUUUCUUGAGCACGCCCGCUCCAAAUAUUGGAUCAGACUCGGAAUCGAUGUCCAGUAGUAUGAAGAGCCACUUAUCAAAAGAUACUCAAAAGUCUAGCAGUAGCUUGUCUACUAGUCCCCCACCGGGCUCGCAUGUUGUCGAGACUGACAACGGUUACUUUGCCAUCUUUGACGGUCACGCCGGUACCUUCGCGGCAGACUGGUGCGGAAAGAAGCUACAUGUUUUGUUAGAAGAUAUGAUACGGAAGAACCCCAAUACCCCCGUUCCGGAACUGCUGGAUCAGACAUUCACCAAUGUUGAUCAGCAGCUAGACAAGCUGCCUCUUAAGAACAGCGGAUGCACGGCUAUAUGUGCUGUUCUUAGAUGGGAGGACAGAAUACCAAACUCGAACUCGGCUACAGGCUCUACUGCAAUAGCACCCGCAGCUGCUGCUGCUGUGAAAGCUGCCUCAGAAGCGCCGACAUCAGACAGCAAGUCCGAUGUCUCGCAAAAUCCAACUCCACAGAGCAAGGCUAUGUUGCCAGGCUUUGCAUCGACUACACCCAUGCCGAAACUUCAAAACUCUGCGUCUCGUCAGCGUGUGCUAUACACUGCAAAUGUUGGUGACGCACGCAUUGUGCUCUGCCGCAAUGGAAAAGCACUACGGUUAUCGUAUGAUCACAAAGGCAGCGACGAGAACGAAGGCAAGCGGAUUUCGAAUGCCGGAGGCUUGAUCCUCAACAACCGUGUCAAUGGCGUAUUGGCUGUUACUCGAGCGCUAGGUGAUGCCUACAUGAAAGAUCUAGUCACAGGCCACCCAUACACUACGGAAACAGUUAUACAACCAGACAUUGACGAAUUCUUGAUAUUAGCCUGUGACGGGUUGUGGGACGUUUGCACUGACCAAGAAGCCGUCGAUCUAAUCCGCCACACUCAUGACCCCCAGCACGCUUCGAGACUACUCGUCGACCACGCUCUUGCCCGCUUCUCCACCGACAACCUUUCCUGCAUGGUCGUCCGCUUCGACAACAGCAAACUGCAGCAAACCGUUGAACGAAAGACAGAACCCAUCGGUGUCGAAGGCGAUCCGCCAUCUAUUAAAGCAGGCGGCAUCAGCGAGGCAGAUGCUAUUGUGGGAGAGGCAAGGAAGAGUAUGGGCGAUGCCGGGCACGUACUGCAUAGCGACGUCCGCUCUGAAGAUGGUUUGGAAGAGGAAAAGGCAAGGGUUAGUCAAGAAAUCAUUCGCGAGGAAGAGGAGAAGGAAGUAGGGCCUGAGGUCGAUCCCGAGGGUCUGAAGAACGUGCAAGCUCGAUGA